AUUCGACCGAGGAGCCAGCGUCUUGCAUCCGUUAUCCGAUUCUGCGACACCAACUCGACACCGGCAACGUCUGCAACCAGCCGGCCAGUGCGAUUACCGACGACACCUUGUGAUAGUCAAUUUAAUCGUCUUGCGACUCCAUCACUUUCUUGGUCUUUUUCUUCCUCCCACUGCACCACUGGCCUCCCCCGCGAUACCCCUCAUCGGCCGUUGUCCGCCAUGGACAGCGUCACUUUCGAUAUCAACGAUGCGCUCAAGCAUUACAUGAGCGAUCCCGCCAGCAUCCCGACGCCCGAGGCCGACGGAGCGCUGGCCGACUGCGAGAACGACCCCGAGUCCCUCACCGACAACGCCGUCGUCAACGGCGUGCUGAACCCCAUCGUCGACGCUGUGGCCGAGAACCCAGAUGCCAUCACACGCAGCCACAUCUUUGACUCGCUGCAGUUUCUUUUAAAGUACACGUCCUUCCUCUCGGCCCACGCUCUGAGCAAGGUAUUUGAUCUGAUCACGUCCGGCCUGGCCACCGAAGCCGACGUCAUCCACCAUGACCUCGAGUCGGACGAACAGGACCUCAUCGCCCACCACAAGCAGCUGCUUGAGAUGUACGGCUUUUUGUUGCAGUGGACCAUCGCCGCCGUCGAAACCAAGGCCGCCGAGAAGUCGUCGACCACAGCGCCCACGCGGGGCCGUGGCAAGCCCAAGAGCAAGAAGGAUUUCGGCAAGGACGGGACGUGGGAUUCUUCGGCUCAGCUGGAGACAGCGUUGAGCACCAUGUGCAAGGUCCUGCGAUUGAAGCUCGGCAAGAUCUUGCUUACGACGUCAGAGCGCGACACCUUCAUCUCACUCCUGACUCGCCCGGUAUACAUGAUACUCGAGAGUGAACAGCGCGUCAAGAGCACGAGCAUCCGCAUGCAUGCCUUCAAGGUUCUCUGCAUUGCCGUCAAGCACCAUGGUCACGGAUACGCUGCGCAAAUCUCCAUUGUCCAGAACUUGACUUACUUUGAGCACCUGUCGGAGCCCAUGGCCGAGUUCCUUCACAUCUUAGCUGAGCAAUACGACUACCCGCAACUGGCCGACGAGAUCCUGCGCGAGCUCAGCAAUAAGGAGUUCAAUAGCAACGAUACAAAGGGACCGAAAUCCGUUUCGACCUUCAUGAUUCGACUGUCUGAGCUGGCUCCUAGGUUGGUCAUCAAGCAGGUCACUCUGUUGGCGAAGCAACUGGAUAGCGAGUCAUACACCUUGCGCUGCGCCCUGAUUGAAGUGUUUGGCAACAUGCUUGCCCACCUCAGCAAAUCUGAUGAGAGGGGCGAGAACCACAAGACCCAGAUGAACGCAUUCUUUGACGUGCUGGAAGAGCGCUUCCUCGACAUCAACCCUUACUGCCGGUGCAGGACAAUCCAGGUCUACGUCAAACUGUGCGAGUUGGACCAGAAAUUUCCAAAGCGUCGGCAGAAAGCCGCCGAAUUGGCGUGCCGCAGCCUCGAGGACAAGAGCAGCCACGUCAGGAGGAACGCCAUCAAGUUGCUCGGGACCCUGAUCCGGACCCAUCCGUUCACCGCACUUCACGGUGCACAACUGGCGAGAAAAGACUGGCAGGAGCGCCUGGACAAGGUUGAUGCGGAACUCAACUCGCUGAAGCCGCCCGUCGAUGCGCCUGGCCUUGACGGAGACAAGGGAAACACCACGGUUGAUCAAGGCUUGCUCGACGAUGCCACCCAGAUCGAGUCUCCGAGAAAACAGCCCGCCGAAAUGACCGACGAGGAGAAAGCGGCAGCAAUUCAGAAGGCCCAGGAAGAGGCGGCGACCUCCGAAGCGAUCGAGAAGCUCACCCUCACCAAGCGGUACUACACGGAAGCACUCAAGUUUAUUGAUGUUUUGCAUGAGGCGACGGGCACCAUUUGCCAGCUCCUCGGAUCCAGGAACAAGAGCGAGGUUAUUGAAGCCAUGGAUUACUUCGAAAUUGGCGAUGCGUACAACAUCGAGCAGAACAAAGUCGGCAUUCGCCGUAUGCUCCGGCUCAUCUGGACCAAGGGCAACAGCGACGAGGGCAAGGGCGUUCAGGCCCAUCUCAUCGAAUGCUACAAGCGCCUGUUUUUCGAGGCACCCGACAGCUUCAGCCCCAACGACGCGGCCAACUACAUCGCGCGCAACAUGAUCAGCUUGACCUUUGGCGCCACCCCUGCCGAGCUCACAUCCCUGGAGCAGCUGCUGAGCACUAUGAUGAAGCAGGGUAUGAUCCCGGAACUCGUCAUCGCGAAGUUGUGGCAGGUGUAUGGCGUGCAGAAGCGGGAAAUCUCGCGUAAGCAACGCAGGGGCGCCAUCAUUGUGCUUGGCAUGCUCGCCACCGCCAGCCCUGAGAUUGUUGUGGGAGAGAUCGAGACCAUGUUGCGCACGGGGCUUGGCACUCUCGGCCGCGCUGACCUCCAGCUCGCCAAGUACACCUGUGUGGCUCUUCGGCGCAUCAAUCCCACCGGUCGCCAGGCGAAGGAGUCAACCGCGACCUUCUCCCGGUUACCCAAUGACCACGCCGUGCUGGUGAGACUGGCUGCCAUCACUGAGGUGCCCACAGACAGCAAGGACUGGUAUGGCGUCGCUGAACAGGCUAUCAACGCCAUCUACACUCUCUCAAGGCAUCCCGAUGUUCUCUGCUCUGAAAUUAUCCGCCGCAAGACGAGGGCCGUCUUCUCCCGUCCGUCGUCUCGGCCAAGCUCACGCCCUGGUUCCCGUCCUACUUCCCGCGACGAGGCACAAUUCGCGCCGAGUUCCGCCUCCACGGUUGAAACGGGAGACGGUGACCCCACAAUUGCUGGGUCCCAACCUGUUCCAUCCAGCCCGACGACGAAGAAGAACAAAGACAACACGGUCGGCCUGUCCCAACUCCUUUUCAUCGUCGGCCAUGUCGCCAUCAAACAAAUCGUGCACCUUGAAUUAUGCGAACUAGACUUCAAGCGGCGCAAGCAAGAGAAAGAGAAGACGAUGGCCGCGACAGCCCGCUCCUCCCUCGGCGCCAGCACCUCAAGCCGACGCUCGGCCCCAGGCGCUAAGGGCAAGUCCAAGGUCGACGAUGAAGGCGACGAGCUCGACCUCAUCGGCGGCACCACUGAAGACGACUUCACCGAGGCCAUGGCGCACAUCCGGGAGCGUGAGCUCCUCUACGGGCCCACCUCCCUCCUGGCCCUCUUCGGCCCCAUGGUCAGCGAGAUCUGCGCCAACAAUACUACCUACCGCGACCGCAACCUGCAGCAGGCCGCCACGCUGUGCCUCGCCAAGCUGAUGUGCGUCUCGUCCGAGUACUGCGAAGCCAACCUCCCGCUACUCAUUACCAUCAUGGAGCGCUCGCCCGACGCCACGGUGCGCAGUAACGCGGUCAUUGCUUUGGGAGAUAUGGCUGUGUGCUUCAAUCAUCUCAUUGACGAGAACACGGAUUUCUUGUAUCGCCGGCUGGCGGACCCGGAGCCAAUGGUCAAGAGGACGUGUCUGAUGACGCUGACGUUCCUGAUCCUGGCCGGACAGGUUAAGGUGAAGGGUCAGCUAGGCGAAAUGGCCAAGUGUCUGGAGGAUGAGGAUAAGCGGAUCGCUGACCUGGCGAGGAUGUUCUUUACCGAGUUGAGUACCAAGGACAAUGCCGUGUAUAACCACUUUGUGGACAUGUUUAGUCUGCUGUCGGCGGAUCGGAGGAUCGAGGAGGAGAGCUUUAGGAGGAUUGUCAGGUUCUUGCUUGGAUUUGUUGAGAAGGAUAAACAUGCCAAGCAGCUCGCGGAGAAGCUGGCUGCGAGGUUGGCACGGUGUGACAACGAACGGCAGUGGAAUGAUGUGGCUUUUGCGCUUGGGCUGUUGCAGCACAAGAAUGAGGAUAUCACCAGGUUGGUGGCUGAGGGGUUCAAGAUGGUGCGGGCUCCUGCUUGAGAUGGAUUCUGCGAAGGUUGGGAGGCUGCCUGAUCUGAGUCAAUAUUCAUUGUUGGGGCGUCUGGGGAAGCUUAUGGGUCUGCCUGUCUCGUGAUAUCCCAAUUGCAUGGAAUGGUGGUUUUCUUGUGUAAGGUACAGUGAAUCUCUAUUUGAGAUAGGAAGUUCCACGCUCCGCGCCAUGAUUACAGCCCCUGACAAAGACCCAAGGCCUACUGCUGAUGAGCUCCUCGCGCGGCUUGGUCGGUUAGUUACCCAGUAGCAG